CUGAGUCAGAGUUACAUCGAUCGAGAGCAAAAAUAAAAUAGGAGCAGGUUAUAGUUUGAUGCUGCGCUGCUCGGGAGGGACAAGAUGACGGACGCGCGCCAGCAAGGAAUAUCGUCCCGGCUGCGGCUGGGGCGUCACUUGAUGUCGAGCCUGCCCCUGCUGCUUUGUUUUUCACUAAUGGCAGGUGCAUUUCAAGUGAUCAAUGUGGUCACGGCAACCAACAUCGCGCGGCCCCGCACGGAGCCCUGGAGUGGCGCCGCCGGUGUUCCGCACCUGCACACAGACGCAGUGCCGUUUUUUGACAAAAGCAAGAAAGCCGACAAGAAGAUGAAGAACAGUCCUCUCGAUGCCUCUGCCUGUAAAGCUGAAUUUCAGUUCACCAUCAAGAAUCCCAGUCCGAAGCGGUCGUUGGACGAGGUAGAGGUGAAGUGGAGUCCGAGAAAUCCAUCACCCAUGAACAGCAUGAAAACUGCUAGUACAAAUGACUUGGCGCUUGAUGAAGCUUCCGCUCUUACCGCCGACACAAGCGACGAGGACUGGGUGGGGAUCUACAGCCCGGCGGACUCGGAGCACGACGAGUACGUUGACUUUUUACCCGUGAAGGUGAAGACGAAACACGACAAACGAACCGCCAGAAAUACAGGAGAUGAUAUUAAAUCCCGCACGAGCUUCACUUUCCGCCUGUUGAACAUGCGUGACAAGUACCAGCUGCGCUACUUUCGAGGAAUGAAGGACAGUCGGACUAGCGACAAGACCAUAGUCUGCCUCGGGGAAUCGGAGCUAAUCUCCUUCGAGUAUUCCAAACUGGAGCCGACGCAGGUGCACUUGUCUUUCGCGGGAAGGAAGACGGGCGAUUCCGCCAUGUGGGCUACCUGGAAUUCCGGAACGGAGUACAACACGGCGCUGCAGCAGCAGCAGGUGCAGGCGGUAGCACGACAGCAUGAUCAACCAGUUCAUGUUGACAGCGCUAAAGUUGCAGUUCACCCUCCUACCGUCGAGUUUCGCUGCGCGGAGUUGUGCGGCGCGGGCACAACAACGUCCUCCUCUACUAAAUCCGUCUUCGCCACCGCGAAACACCCCAGCCACUUCUACUCGGCCUCCGACAUGUGUGGCGCCCCCAGCAACAUCACGGGCCCGAACCAAUUUCGUGACACCGGGUUUUUCCAUUCUGUACUUCUCGACUGGGAACCGCAUUUUCCCUCAGCGGCGGCGAUCCAGUACCGCGUUUUUCAGGCGGAAAACGUGAAAUCCGACUGGUUUACCUUCGCGACGUAUCAAAUGUAAAAAUGUCUGGGUCUGGAAGAUUGCCGGCUUUGUCAUGCACAUUUUGCAUGACUCCUCAAGUCUGUGAUGCAUGCCCUAGCAUCACAGAUUUUUAGAGGGCUCCCUGAUGCCUAUUCCGCAUGACAAAUGCUCUCUCCGUCUCCGUACUGCAACACUUGGACUCUCUUUGCUGCUCAUGCAAUAUAGAUUUUUUUAGAAUCCAAAAUCAGCAUGACAAGUUGGAUUCUUCCAGACUGUUGGACGACUGUAGUCCCGAUGUUCCUUGAAGGUUUUCGCUCCUGUUUGGUCCCGUUUGGACAGAAGAUGAUCAGAUGAUGAUGAUGUCCAUAGCUCCUGUUUGAGCACAUUUCAGUGCAAGAUGAUGAUGUACUCAGGUCGUGUUUAGACGACGAAGCAUCUUGAAUCCCGAUGCUAAUGCACGACCUCAAUCAAUCGAUUCACUUUGGAACCUUGUCAGGCUUAGGAGUUGCACGAGCUGAAUGCUCUCAGAACACAAACACACUGCACGCGAACACGCAUGCUACACGCAAUGCAAAUCUGUACUUCGACCGUAGUCACGUCGUGAGUUCUCAACGAUCAACCAAUGAUCAUGUCGUCUAUCGAGCCUGUCUGAGUGGCGUUCAGACAUUCUCCUAACCCUCGAGCCGACGAGCAAAACGCACACCCAUCGGGAGUAAAUCGCCAAUCUCUCGGUGCAGCAUGGCGACCGGGGACGGCGAUCCGACCGGUACUGGCGGGGGUUUUCCCGCUGCGAGCGACCACCACCAGCCCGACACCACCUCUCUUGGCGACAUGGGAGAUGGACUGCUGCAGCAGCAGCAUGCGGGUUUGCAAUCGCAACAGCAAAAUCCGAAUGUCGGGAUGCAGCAGCAACCCACCGGUCUUGGUGGAAUGCAACACGCAGCUGCUAGCAGUACUGGUGGACAAGGACAGCAAUUCCAGGCCCAUUAUCAAUCCAAUUUCAAUACAAAUCAAAACUUGAAUUUCAAUCAAAAUGGCUCUUAUUCCGCAUCGAAUUUACCUAAUCUGGGCGGAGGCCCAUUACAAAACUCAACCGCCGCGCAGCAGCAACAAGGCGCUGCGGACAACACCAACAUCAUGAUGGUGAUCAGCCAGAUGAUGGUGGCGCAGGCGGAACAAAGCAGACUGCAGCUACAGCAGAUGCAGGCGCAGCAAGCGCAGCAACAGCAGCAAUUCCAGAAGCAAUUCAACGCGCAGGAGCGAAGGCAUCGCGAGCAGAUGCAAGCGGAAAAAGAAGCACGCCAAGCGGCGGAAGAAAGAGCGACGGCCGACCGCGAAGCGGCGGAAAAGAAGAAAAAGGACGACGAAAAGCGACACAAGGAAGAAAAAGAAGCAACGGAGCGACGACACAAAGAAAUGUUGCACCAGCAACAGGAGGAAGCUCGUCUCGCACAAGCCGAGAACGAGAAGCAGCGCAAGCUUCAAUCCGACCAGUUCUCCGAGACCAUGCUUAGAAAUUUAGUAGUUCGCGCAUCGGUUCCAACUCUCGACCAGAAGACCGAAUAUCCAGACUGGAAAUUCAAAGUCGAGGGCGAGAUAGAGCGUCUUGCGGUAACGAAAGAAAUUGCCGACAAGAUGAAAGGAAAGGAAAUCCAUCUGGACCCCGUGCAGACAAAGAAGCUGCACGCGUUAGGUGCAGAGGUCAAGAAGCAGCUGAAGGGCGCGGCUCUUCAGCGGUGCAACGGCAUCAACGCAAAUGAUAUCAUCAAGCUUUUGACGGAAUUAGAGCGGUGGGCUGGCGAGUCACAGUCCGAGUACGACAAGACCACGACGGAACAAAGACUCACGCAGGAAAAUUGGGACCCGAAGAAAAUGGGUCUCGAGGCGUGGGUAGCAGAGAAGUUCCGUCUUGCUCGCUUGUUACCCGAAACCUGCCCGGAAGGACCGAUUAUGGAAUCUCGCAUGAGAGCAGUGCUCCUCGGUGGAAUGCCGAGGUGCUUCGAUCCCGUAGUCAGCAGGUUACGAACAAAACCACCGAAGACCUGGCAAGAAAUCGAGAAAGAGCUUGUUGACUGGGACAAAACGGAAUCUGGAAAAGACAAGGACGAAAGCAAGCCAGGCUCUGUUUUUGUCACCAUCGAGGACGUCCAAUCCCAAAUCAAGGAUGCUCUCGAUAAGAACAGCUCUACUUCUGCAUCUUCUAAUGCGAAUAGCGACUACAACUACUGCGAAGAGGCCGACUUGUGCUACACCUACGGUAAGAGCAAGAACUACACAUCGUGAGUUCUAGUCACAUCGCGAGUUCUCACUCGUGUACUACACUUCGACCGUAGUCACAUCGUGAGUUCUCAACGAUCAACCAAUGAUCAUGUCGUCUAUCGAGCCUGUCUGAGUGGCGUUCAGACACAGACCCAGACACUUUUACAGUUGAUACGACGCCGCUGCAGCCAGACCCGGAUGCGGAGUGGAACUUCCUGGCCUACGCAGACCACGGGGCGGAAUGGGGUAGUUUGUAUCACGACAACGCGGCAGCGGGCUUCGACGAACGGGGCACGCACACGCCCGGGGCGGACGCGGUCAACAUCAACCUGAGAAACUUGAUGGCGCAAUACGAUGUGGUCCUAAAAGAAAAAGAACAGCACACUUCGUCAGUUUCACCCUUGCUGCUGCUGCGCCAGGAAGAGCGCCAGCACCGAGCGAACCGCUUGCAGAGGAGCAAGAACAACCAAGGCGUCGUCACUAGCGAGGAACUACAACUUGUAAAGACGGCAGUGGUUGCAGCAACACAAUCGUCCAGCACAUCAGCGAGAGGACCAGCACGACCACAACCACCGCCACCCCGUCUCGCGCUGCACUUCGGCGAUCUGGCCUAUGCCUGGUCGGUGGGCUACAUUUGGGAGCUGUAUGCAUUGCAAAAGUAUCGUGCUAGUAGUAUGAAGUGCAUUACAAAAAAUUAGCUUAGCAUGACAGAGAGCAUUUGUAAUGCUGUUUCCGCUUAGGAAGGCGAUUUGUCAUGCGUGUCUGCAAUUAGUACGGCUACGAGUGCGAUAUUUUUGCAGAGAAUAAGCUGUGGCAGACGCAGAUCCAGACCACCAUUGCCGCGCGCAUGCCGUACAUGGUGUCCAUCGGGAUAUCCUGUGCAAAAGUAUCGUACUCGUACUAAUUGCUUUUAUGCAUUACAAAUCUUGUCCUCAAGGUAAAACAGCAGUUCUCAUGCUGAGGAAAUUUGUAAUGCAUUUAUACGAGUGCGAUACUUUUGCAGUUCAUACGGAAACCACGAGUACGAUUACUUCUCCGCCGGGGCGGACUGCCGCAAUAUCGCAAGAAAAAUGUGUUACAGUUCCACAUUGUGUUGCAGGCCAAGCAAGACAGACGAGCUCUGUCACUGUCAUCCCGGGUAUGCAUGGGAGCCUCGUUUCAUAGGUGAUUUCCCGUAGGAUUUCUGCGUUACAAGUUUUCACUCAUAUGCAGAGAAAUUUGUGUUGCUACAUUGACUACAAAGGUGUAACUGUAAGCACUUUUUUCGUGGGAUACGCAAGGACCCCAGUUUGGUGACCCCGAACAAGGGGGAAAGUUUCAAUUUCCCCUGCGACGGUCGUGGGACGGACAAGCAUCGGGAUUUCGGGUUCCACCCGGACUGGGGCGACUACCACGACUAUCAACUGCAAAAAUGUCUGGGUCUGGAAGGGUCGAGGCUAUUCAUGCACAUUUUGCAUGACCCGUGAGGUCUGUGAUGCUGGUGCUAGCAACACAGAUUUUUGGAGAGCCUCUUGAUGCUAAUUACGCAUGAAAAACGCCCAUUCCGCGUGCCAAGAGCCGAGUCCUCUUGUUGCUCAUGCAACUACACAGAUAUUUUUAGAAUCCGCAGACAGCAUUACAAGUUCCACUCUACUUCCAGACCCAAACAUAUUUGCAAUCCAUAACAACGACUCCAAGGGCGAAUGCGCCGUUCCGGUCGUGCACCGGUUCCCGAACCCGCCGCCGACGGGAAACGGCAUUUUUUGGUACAGCUUCGACAUGACCAACGUGCACGUUAUCCAAAUCAGUUCAGAGCACGACUACACGCCCGGGUCCGUCCAGUACCAGUGGCUGGAGCAGGAUUUGAAGAAGGCCCGUGGGGUGGGGGAACAACAUCAUGAAGAGGAAACUGUUGGCGUUGUCACAUCAGAAGCAGAUCGUCGCACAAGAGCCUCAUCCACCACGACGAGCAGACUAAGGCAGAACUUCCCCUGGAUCAUAAUCACCUCCCAUCGACCGGCCUACGACUCUUCCAAAUUCAUGCCGGACUACAUUGUGGGCUCGCACCUCGCCGACGCGCUGGACCCGCUCCUGAAAAAGUACCGGGUGAGCCUCUUCCUGGCCGGUCACUACCACGAGUACGAGCGCACGUGGCCGGUGUUCAACCACACAAGGGUCGAGGUUAUCGGCAAGCAGGAAGAGAAGAAGAACAAGUUUCUCGCUACCACCCACAUUACGAUUGGCAGCGCCGGGGCGUGGCUGGACACGAACAAGGAUCAGGUGGUGCAAAACUGGUCGGCCAAGCGCUUUUUGACGUUCGGCUACCUCCGCCUGUUCGUCAAGGGACGCAAAUCCCUCCGCGCGGAUUUCUGGGGCUUGCCGUUAGCGCAGAUCGGGACGGCGAAUGUGACGUUUGACCUGCUGGAUUCAGUCACGCUGGAAAACCCGCUGGAAGAAAUAUUAGAUCAGGAGGCUUUGUCUACUCGGGCGCAUGUUGUAGAAGAUGGGCGGAAUAAUAUUAGAGAAGGACUCGAAGAACCGGCACCCGACGAAGCUACACCGAUCUUCGUUUAACUGGAAGAUGAAGAACUUCUGCUACUGCAGGUGCAGCAGCAACCCGCCAGCACAUGUGGUUCUUCUCCCUGUUCUUUGCGCACAUGCCAGGUCGCGAGAACAAGACAGCACAACUUGCGAUCUGAUUUUGAUAUUUUGAUGGCCGGCGGACGCGGAGCAGUACUAGAGUGGCUGCGUUUGGUGCGAAUCAUGAUCGCUACAAGUAUACCAACAAGGCCACCGCACAACUACAGUGGCUUAACGCAGGAAGUAAAAAUGAAUCUAAUUAGAGUGGCUUUAUUUCUAGAAAUUUUGCUCCACGUGCUGUUGAGUAUGAAUGAACUGAAAAAGCGGUGCUGUGAAUCGAAAAGUCAUGAUAGCGCUGCUGAAGAGAAAAACGCACGAGUGUUGUUUCUUGGAGCCACAGAGUAUGCGAAGACUCAUCUCGAUUGUCGCUGUGUAAAGAAACGCGCACUGAGUCAGGGCUUCGCGAUUGGUGGUUUCACUAUCGGUACAAUAAAUGGCAUUUUAUUGUACAACAAGAGACCAACGAUGAUGCUCGACAGUUACACAAAAGGACGACCAGGUGAGAAGUAUGAGUAUCCCCUGUUCUAUAAAUUCACGUCGGUCUCGGUUCUGCUACGGCUUCUGCGACACAUGUUGAGUGGUGC